CAAAGCCUCUGCUCUGUCAGACAUGCGCAAGAGCGUCAGCAGCAGCAGCAGCAGUACCACCGCCACCGCUGCUCUGCGUUUCCGCCUUGGCUGAGCGGUGCGCACGGCCGAGAGAGAGGCGAGGAGCGAGGGGAGGGGAGAGGGAAGACGCCGAGAGAGGAAGAGCGGAGCCACCGAGACGCAGUGGGGCACAGCACGGACUCCGAGCAAAAUUAACCACCGACGCACCACCACCACCACCACCAUCCAUCACCUCCCCAGAUUCUCCAAAGAUUCCCGCGUCAAGGAGAGAGACGGGGGGCCCCCACAAGCGAGGCAGUGCGCACCAGAGCCCUUCCAGCAUGGAGACUGCGAUAAAACCCGAGCACUAACAAUUCUGAAGAUGAAGAAGUUCAACAUCAGGAAGGUGCUGGACGGCUUGAAAGAGGUGUCCUCCUCCACCCCGUCCGUGCAAGUGGGGCCACAGGAGAACCAUCUGAUCCAGGAGAGCCUCCAGUCCGAGCACUUCCAGCUCUGCAAGACUGUCCGCCAUGGUUUCCCCUAUCAGCCGUCGUCCAUGGCGUUCGACCCCGUGCAGAAGAUACUGGCCAUCGGCACCCAGAGUGGAGCUCUCAGAUUGUUUGGCCGUCCAGGGGUGGAGUGUUACUGUCAGCACGAGAGCGGAGCUGCCGUCAUUCAGCUGCAGUUUCUCAUCAAUGAGGGAGCACUGGUUAGUGCUCUGGCCGACGACAGCGUCCACCUGUGGAACCUGAGGCAGAAGAGACCCGCCAUCCUUCACUCCCUUAAGUUCAACAGAGAGAGAAUAACUUACUGCCACCUGCCCUUCCAGAGUAAGUGGCUGUACAUCGGCACAGAACGAGGGAACAUCCACAUCGUCAACGUGGAGUCCUUUACGCUCUCAGGCUAUGUUAUCAUGUGGAACAAAGCCAUCGAACUGUCCUCCAAGGCUCACCCUGGACCUGUCGUCCAUAUAAGUGACAACCCAAUGGAUGAGGGAAAGCUUAUAAUUGGAUUCGAGUCUGGGAUCGUGGCCCUGUGGGAUCUGAAAUCAAAGAAGGCCGACUAUCGCUACACUUACGAUGAGGCGAUCCACUCAGUUGCCUGGCAUCACGAGGGCAAGCAGUUCAUUUGCAGUCACUCAGAUGGAACUCUGACCAUAUGGAACGUCAGGGGCCAGGGCAAACCCAUACAGACAAUCACCCCACACGGAAAACAGCCCAAGGACGGGAAGAAGCCAGAGCCUUGUAAACCUAUUCUCAAAGUGGAGUACAAAACCACAAGAAAUGGGGAACCCUUCAUAAUCCUGUCUGGUGGUCUGUCCUAUGACACGGUGGGCCGGCGGCCAUGUCUGACGGUAAUGCACGGAAAGAGUACGGCUGUGCUUGAGAUGGACUAUCCCAUAGUAGAUUUCCUCACACUCUGUGAGACACCAUACCCUAAUGAUUUUCAGGAACCUUACGCUGUGGUGGUCCUUCUGGAGAAGGAUUUAGUGGUGAUCGACCUUGCACAAAAUGGUUACCCCAUAUUCGAAAACCCCUAUCCUCUGACCAUCCACGAGUCUCCUGUGACCUGCUGCGAGUACUUUGCCGACUGCCCUGUGGACCUCAUACCUGCACUUUACUCUGUUGGCUCGCGGCAGAAACGACAGGGCUACAGCAAAAAGGAAUGGCCUAUUAGUGGUGGAAACUGGGGUCAAGGCACACAAAGCUACCCAGAGAUCAUCAUCACUGGGCACGCUGAUGGAACUGUGAAGUUCUGGGAUGCCUCUGCAAUAGCCUUGAGUAGGACUUAGAAGGAAUGGAGUAUUUCAGAAUUGGUUCACCUCUUUGACUCUUAAUCUGCCUACACACACACAAACACAUACACACACACACACACACACACACACACACACACACAGUCUUGCCUUUUGACUUCUAUAAUUGUUAUAUGUUCCAUAAUUUUCUUGGACACAUUUUCUAAUAUCGUCUCUUCUGUCAAUCUCUGUGUGCAACUGUGUGUGUGUGUGACUGUACAGCUCCUAGAGGUGCGAAUGCAGUACGAGCUCAACGACAUAGAGUCUCCAGAUGGUGGGGGCGGAGGGGGGGAGCAGACGUCGGCGCUUCCAACACCCGGCGCUUCCCCUCAGACGAGCGGCCCACCAUCACACCCCUCCACCAGCAGCAACAACUCUGACGGAGGCAACAUGCCCUGCCUCAAAGUGCGCAGUACCCCUCUGAAGCAGUCUGCAGGCUACCAGGUAGAUUUGGUGGUCCAGUUAGUGUGGGUGAGUGGAGAGCCUCCCCAGCAGAUCACAAGUCUGGCGCUCAAUUCCUCCUACGGCCUAGUGGUUUUUGGCAACAGUAACGGUCUGGCAGUUGUGGACUACAUCCAGAAGACGGUUGUGCUCAACCUGGGGACGGUCGAGCUUUAUGGCGCCAAUGACCCCUACCAGAGGCAGCCCCGGUCGCCAAGAAAGACAAGGCAGCCGUCUGGAGGUCUGUGUGACAUCAAUGAGGGCUCAGCCACAUCAGAGGACCGCUGCAAGUCGCCUACUUCAGUGUUGACGUCAAACAGCAAUCUACAGCAAUUCUACAAUGGAGGUGGUAGAGGAGCAAAGAUGUCACGGAAAUUAAGCUUGCCUACUGAGCUAAAGCCAGACUUGGUCCUCCUGUCUGUAUGCCCGCCGCGGGGUGCCAACCCAUUAGACCACCGGGACAAUUCCUUCAGCCGCUCUCGCUCCUCCAGCGUCACCAGCAUCGACAAGGAAGCCCGAGAGGCCAUCAGCUCCUUCUACUUCUGCGAGACCUUUGCCCGGAAGGGGGACAGCACCCUGACACCCUGCCUGAAUGUGGGCACCACCCUGGGGACUGUGCUGGCUCUGGCUCUUACAUUGCCACCUGCUGGGGAGCAACGGCAACUGCAACCGGUUAUCAUUUCACCUACUGGCAUGUUGGUACGACUGAAGGGCAGCAUUAUGCGGAUGUCUGUCCUGGACUCCACAGGGUCCCAGCUGCCCUCCGCGUACGAGCCUUGGUUUGAACCUAACGUCACAGCAGACGGCGAGGAAAGAGAGAAGGUCCGUAAGCGACGACCCGUCUCCGUGUCCCCUUCGACCUCACAGGACCUCAACGAGAGCCAGUACGCUGUGGUGUGUUCGGAGAAACAGGCCAAAGUCAUCUCCCUCCCCUCGCAGACCUGCAUCUACAAACACAGCAUCACGGAGACGUCGUUCAUCUUACGGGCAGACGUGGUGCAGAUGAGCCUCGGCGUGUGUUUGGCUUGUUUCUGUGCCAACGGCCACAUCAUGACCCUCAGUUUGCCAGGCUUGAGACCGCUUAUGGAUGUAAACUACCUGCCUUUGACGGACAUGCGGAUAGCCAGGACGUUUUGUUUCACAAACCUCGGUCAGGCCAUGUACCUCUGCUCCCCCACUGAGGUUCAGAGGAUCACCUACAGUCAGGACACCUGUGAAAACCUCCAGGAGAUGCUGGGAGAACUUUUUACACCAGUAGAAACACCAGAGGCUCCAAACAGAGGGUUCUUCAAAGGUCUCUUUGGGGGAGGAGCGCAGUCACUGGACAGAGAGGAGCUCUUCGGCGAGGUAUCAGCUGGAAAGGCAUCUCGAAGCCUGGCCCAGCACAUCCCAGGCCCCGGUGGCCUCGAGGGCAUGAAGGGGGCGGCCUCUGGUGUGGUCGGGGACUUGGCACGUGCCCGAAUAGCGCUGGACGAAAGAGGCCAAAAGCUGGGCGAGCUGGAGGAGAGGACGGCUGCCAUGAUGUCCAGUGCAGAUUCCUUCUCCAAACACGCCCAUGACAUGAUGCUGAAGUGCAAAGACAAGAAAUGGUACCAGUUCUGAUCAGCACCAGGGGAGGAGCAGAGCUCCGCGGACAAGGCUUUCACCAUUCAUUGGCUCAUUCGGACUCACCGUGACCCCACCCUCCCCCACCCGUCCAUUCACCGGUCCCUCCGAGCCUUCUUCACCGAGACACUUGGGAUUUUCUUCCCUAGCACAAUGAUGAACACUGUUCUUACCUCAGUCUGAAGGUGGAACUGAGGGGUAGACGGAGGAGAAGGACGACCUCAGAGGGAUCAGAUAAAUGGUGUCUUUUUUUUAUGUUCUCGUCUCUCUCUCGCGCACCUGGAGAUUCUUCAUUGCCAUUUGCCAAAAGCAUCCUUUUACCGUUUUCUCCACCCCGGAGCCUCUGGUGGGCAGGAUUCAAACCGAUGAACACAGCCGAGAAAAGACAAGGCACCUAGUGAAGAAACAGACUAGAAAAAAAAAUUCUUAAAAUGUAAAAAGAAGGAAAAAGAAUCUAAAUACAACAUUAUAUAUACAUAAAUCUAAUAAAUGUGCAAUGCUGUAUCCACUUCCAAGUGACAAGUACAAAAGAAAGGGAUAACUCACCGAGGAGACAGGAGCCGGGUGGGAGGCCGAAGGAGGCGGCGUCGGAGAUCCACAGGAAGUGCUGCGACAGUGACGCCUCCUCUAUGCAGAGAGUCACAGGGAUAAAAGCAACUUACUCUGAUGUACACUGGAUAUCUCGUCAUCUCACUCAACCUCUAGACUCUCCUCUGUAUCUUACAAGCGUUCAUAUCGUUACCAACAGUGUGUGUGUUCAUUUCUAUUUUCUUGCCAUUCCUCUAUUUGUUAUCUGUUGGGGUUUUUUUUGCUCUGUCUGUAUUAUCGGAAAAUCUCUUAUUUUUCUAUCGUUGUGAAAGUGGAUGAUGUUUGAUUUGUUGAAAGUUUUUUGUGGCUUUUAUCAAACAACUCAGAUUAAUUUUCUCCUAAUGAAAAGGGCUGGAAUCUUAAAGGAGGGCAAGGAUAUAAAAGGCAUAUUUAUCAUUUAGUUCUUACUGGGAAAAGCGUAUAAACGACUCACUUUAAUUGUUUACCUGAGGUUUUUAUUUAUCUGAUGUUAUAGAAAAUAAUCCUCGCUCACCCUCCAAUGUCAUGAACGUCCACAGUUUGGCUUCGUCUGUGAAUGGGACUGUACAAAUGCUGAUGGGAUCAGUAUUAAAUACGCUGGGAGUCGAGUCAAAUGUGUUGGUUUCCAAAUUCUGGAUAUUUAUUUGUAUUCGUAUAUGCAGGACAGCAGAGAUGUGGAUGUAUGAUCUGUGAUUUGUCAGUUGUCUAUAUGAGAAAGUUGUGCGAGUGUGAUUCCUUUGUUAUAUAUAUUUAUUUAUUGAGGUGCAAGAGACAGUUGUUUGGUGUCAGAAACGUCCACCUUCAUCAAUAUCUCGUUUCUAUGUCCAUGUUUGCAGUAACGCUCAGAUGUGGUGUAUCUCUCUGUCUAACAGGCUUUUAACCUUUAUUUGUAUAUAAGUAAAUAGUUUGACAAUCUAAGACCAACCGGAAAGUACAUGUCAAGGUUGCUGCAGCGACGUAAAAAAGAGGAGAGAGGCCAUAUUUUUUCUGACGCCAAAGAGUUGCUUUAGCUUUUCCAUUGCACUUUCAUUUGGCUUCUUCACUCCACGGGUCGCGUGUUAUUCCACAUGGCUUCACCCGCGGAGUGCAGACCCUAUUCUAGGAGUGCUAUCAUCUUCAUCACCUUUUCAGGGUUAGAGAAAUGGAGCAAGUUGCAAUGGAACUCAGCCAUUUUAUAGUAACAUUGUAUCACAGUUUGUCAUGAGAUGUAACACUUGGACAAAUGUUUAAUGUUUAAAGUGGCCUAACUGUUGGUCGAUGAGGCUCUUUCCCUUCAAACAGAAACCUGAUCCAUUCCACUGCAGCUCAGACACAUGACUUACGGUAUUCACCUACGUGUGUGUGUGUGUGUGUGUGUUUAUAUGCCCGUCUGUCUGUGUUAGGGUGUGUUCAUUUAAGUUAAGUGAUAUUAUUUAAGAGAUAUUUUGUUUAAUAAUUGAUGUUGAUGUCCUCACCAGUCUGUCCAGUUGAGUGUCUGUUACACUUAAGCCACCAGUGACGACAAAAAGAAACGAGUAAAGUCAAGAUUAGACGACGACGACCUCUGAAUUCUGGUUUAAUUGAGCUUCAUCCUCAUGCCUCUACUUUUCAGCCUUUGACCUCUGACAUGUCUCUUCCUCCACUGCUGGCUCCAUCGUUCUCAUAGCUACAGAUAUGGCCUUCUGUGUUUCGUAAGCGUCGUAGUGUGGAUGUCGGUAGGUAUAGAUCUGUCC